AGUCCACCAUUGUUUGUCUCGAAAAAAAACACCCAACCCUCGAUCCAGAUCCCCUCCACCGCCAGCCUCCCUUCCACCUCCUCUCUUAUCCCGAUUCACCCCUCGUCUCCCUCCCAUCCCACGCUACCGCCGCCCACCACCCCGGCGACCUCCCCACUGGCGAUCCCCGGCCUCUCCCUCUCCUUCUCCCCUGCAUCUUCCUCCGAGGCGCGGCAAGGGGAGGCCGCCGUCGUCGCCGCCGCCGCGCGCGAUCCGGGAGGGCAAGAGGGGAGGCGGACGCGGGCGAGGAGAUGGCAUCGGAGGACGUGGUGGGGAAGAGCAGGGGCGGCACGGCCAUCAACACCAUCGUCAACCUGGCUGAGGAGGCCAAGCUCGCGCGCGAGGGCGUCAAGGGCCCCGGCCACCAGGUCCUCACCGUCUGCAAGUCCCUCUUCGCCGGAGGCGUCGCCGGCGGCCUUUCAUUGAUGACAGCCAAGGGUUCAUGCUCGGAAACGACUACAUCUUGCUCUACGUUGUCGGCUCAGCUAGAGUCCUUAAUCAUGAGGAGAUGGGACACGUCGAUUGUUAGAGUACACUUGACAGGGGUGACCGACGCUGACUAGCGCAGCCGGUGGGCGUUGUGCUCUUCAACCACUCAGAGGCGGACUUCUCCGUGAAGCUGGUGGCCAUGUCGCAUAGAUGAUUGUCCAGGUGAUUUCAACGCCGGAGGUCGCCGAGGUGGUGGACCUCGACGCCACCGUCCGGGGGAGGGAGGAUUCGGGUCCACCGACGUCUAAGCUCCGAGCCUUGGUAGAUACAUCUAGGGAAGUUGUCUGUUUAGGUUGAUGAUGGAACACCAGGGAAGGUACCCACCUUUCGAUGAUCAUUGUGUGUGUCUGAAGUUAAAUGGAAUCUUGAGAAUGUUAUGUGAUGUUGGUUAGGUUUGCACUGGACGUAUUGCCAUCCAUGAAUACUACAUCUAACUUUUAUUUUUUUAAUUCCUAAA